UUGGUAAGCACUUACGCUCUGACCUUUUCCUCAACAAAAAUUGGCUGUCUGUGUAUGUCUCCCUUCUACGAAACCCUCCCUCCCUCCCCAUGCCUUUCAAAUCCCCCUUCUCUCAUCAUAUAUUAACUCCUUCCUCAUACCACCAUCACAGAUCUUCGUUCCAAUUUAUUGAAUUUGAUCUCAAUGGCCUCGAUCGAUCAACCUAAUUUCCACGAUUUCUUGCCGCUGAUGGCGGAGAAGCUAGGCGGCGACGGAUUGCUCGGGGAAUUGUGCAACGGUUUCCGGUUAUUGAUGGACUCCGAAAAGGGGGUCAUCACAUUCGACAGUCUGAAGAAGAAUUCCGCCUUUUUGGGGCUGCAGGAAUUGUCGGAUGAGGAUCUUUACGGCAUGCUGAAGGAAGGGGAUUUCGACGGAGAUGGCGCUCUGAAUCAGAUGGAAUUUUGUGUUUUGAUGUUCAGAUUGAGCCCGGAGUUGAUGGAUCAGUCUCAAGAGGCUCUUAUGCAGGAGGAGGAGGCUUUCCAACAUUUCGACUUUUCUUUGUAGUAGUCAUCUAUUUUUUUCUUUUUUACCCAAUUCUUCAAGACUACUACUUUUUAAUGGAGAUUAUUCCAAACUAUACCAUACUACACUACAUAUCUUCCUCUGUUCUAAGAAAAGUCUGAUCAUUAGCAACAACUCAUCGAUUCUGAAUGAUUUUUAGUCCCAAUAAAGUCUGAUCAUAACAAAUACUAUUAGAAUA